AUGAGUAACACAAAUGAUGCUCCACCUGAGGAGGCAGGCAGUGGUGCCGCGCCAUCCGCUUGCGACAAACAAUGGAUUUCGGCUCUAGUGGAUCGUCUGGUCCCUCAGUUUCAAGCAGGGGAAGCCAGUGCCGGCGCUCAAGCGGCUAUGCAAACCAACGCUGACGGCAAGUAA